AUGUCUUCUGAGGGAUCAUCACUACUUGAAGGCUAUUUCCACAAACAAGGACAAGGUGCUACCGGAGCCUCAUAUAAAAGAAGAUGGUUUAAAGUGUAUUCUGAUCGGAUAGAAUACAUGGUUGGUCCUAAAGAUAAAAAGAUUAAGGGUGAUGUAAAAACAUUAGAUAUGAUUAGACUUGAAGAUGGUUUUCAUGGUCCAAAUCAAUUUAAAAAUUAUGGAUUAUCUCUUGUUACUGAAAGUAGAACAUAUAAAAUUUGUUUUGAGGAUGUUGUUACUAGACAAAGGUUUAAGGAAGUUGUUACAAAAUUAAUUCCUUCUACCGUCAUACAUCAUGAAGAAAAACAAGAUGACGAUAUUGAUGAUGAUGAAGAUAUGCCUACUUUUGAUGAUAGUUCGGAAGAAGGUUUUGAUGAUUUGGAAAUAGAUAAUUUUGAUAAGGAUAAUGAAGAACACGAAGGUAAAGAAGAUGAAGGAUUAAUGGACGAUGGUGAUGAAGAAUUGGAAGUUAAAUCCCAUAUAGAUAUAAAAACAGAUGAUAGCAGGAUGAUCAAAAACCCUCUAAUUCCUGAUUACUUGGUAAGAGAAACUCCUUUUGGGUCUGUAAAUAGUGAUGAUAGCAAUAAUUUCUCGAGUGGUGAUGAAAGUUUUAUGCCAUCUACAAAAGAUGAUAAGAAGCAUCUCAACCAAACUCCUCCGUCACAAGAAUUAAAAAUUAAGGAAGAUUGGAGCGAUUAUAGCGAUUAUAGUGAUGAUGAGACUCUUCAAACUUCAAGACAAGAAGAACCAACAAACUCUACUGAGGAGGAAGUAAUUAUUAGUUCCCAAAUUGAAAUCCAAUCGAAACUUCUUUUCCCUGAAAAGGAUGUUGACGAAUUACUGGAAGACGAAGAAAAAACAAGAAGAGAAACAAAAAGUUCAGAUCACAAACAGGUGUCCUUGUUAAGUGAAGAUAAUCUUAAUAUAGGAUCUUACAAGCAUUUCAUUGAAAGAAUGACAGAACAUGGAGAAUCUGAAAUCUUAUGGAGUGGUUCUGUAAGAAAGGUGGUAAGAGGAAAGGUAAACAAGUUUGACGAAAGAAGUUUGGUUGUCACGAAAUCAGCACUUUAUCUUUUAACUGCAAAAUCAAAAGGACUUGAAUUCAAAGCCCGAGUUACAUUCAGGGAUAUUUCUUCUCUUCUUAUUAAUGCAUACGAAACAGAAGAGAAAGACUUCUUAUCAAUUUUGAUCACAAACCCUGCAAUCAACAAUGGACAUGAUAUGUUACUUGCAUUCAACGAUAAUAGAGAAAAGUUUCUUGCUCAUAUCAAGAAUGCGUUUGAGCAAAAAAUGCUUAAGGAAUUAAUUGUCCAUCUUGUUGAUGACGUGACAUUAUAUACAAGAACAAAUAGAGCUGAGAGAAAGCCAAUACCUCAACCUAUUUCCAAGGAAGAUAUCGUAACUUCAACAGAUCACGAUUAUGCAAACUUUAUUGUAUCAGCAGAUUGGAGAUAUCUUCUCAAACAAUACGGAGACAGACAUAUCUAUUUUAGCGAGGAAAUGUUAGUUAAUAACACAAAACAUGCUAUUUUGAUAACAAACUUGGCAUUAAUCAAAACAACAGACGCUAAAGUAAAAAGAAGAAUAGAACUUGUUGAUAUAUCAGAGAUUUGGAUUGACAAUGCUGCCAAAGAAAACCUUCUAAUCAAAGUACCUUCGGAGUAUGACAUAUUUAUUUCAACAGCAAAGAGAAAUGAAGCUGUUUCAUCUUUACAAGAAGCUUUGGAAAAGUUAAAGGUAGACUUUAAACUUAUUCAAUCAGUAAACAUUAAGGAAAAAGGUCAAUUAAAGAAAACUGGAGAUUACAGACAAAAAAUGAAAAAGAUGAAGGAUCCAAAGAGAAUUAAAGAUCUAAUGACACACGCAAUUAAAUCAAAGGAUGUUAGUGAGCUUGAAAAAGCAAUUUGUAGCGCAAGAAUAUAUGGAUUAACAAACGAUAAGCUGUAUAUCUUGUGCCUUCAACAAAUACAAAAGAUCAAGACAUCAUCGAUGGUACAAGAGGAGAUGGAAGAUGCCUAUAAAAAUUGUCAUCUUAAGAAAAUGAGAGAGCUUUUAAAGAAGGCUGAAUCAUUACGUCCACAUCUCACCCAAUUGAUUCAUGUGAUGACUCCUAAGUAUACUGAACUUGUUAACACUAGGUUAUUCAAAAAGAAAAUGGAAGAAGCUAUCAGUAAGAAGGACUUUAGAAUGAUGAAGGAUAUAUUUUCCAAAGCUCUUAGAGCUGGCUUGGCAGGUGAUGUUGAAAAAUACAAGCGAGAUUAUGAUGCAGAUGUACAAAAGGAAUAUUUGAGAGAUCUGGUUUCUCAACAUUUAGCUAAUAGGGAUGGAGACGCUCUUCGUCUUAUUCUUAUUGAUGCUAAAAGUCUAGGCGUGGAAAAUGAGAAAAUUUUCCAAGAAGCUAAAAAUUCAGUUUUGUUAUUCAAAGAAGAAACUAAAAUCAAAAGAAGAUUAAAUAAGGGUGUUGACGACGCUAACGACAUAGGGAAUAUUGAAAAGUUGAGGGAAUUGAUUAAGGAUGCAAAGGCCUUUGUUUCUACCAAUCCUUCUAUUUCACUCUCGAAUACUAUUGAUUUUUGUAAUAAGGAAUGUGAUAGAAUCCAACAACGAUUUUCUAUUAUUGAAAAGAUAGAUGAAGCCAUCAUGAAAAGAGACAAAUCAGCAAUUGAUGAAAUUAUUGAGAGCAACAAACUUGAUGAUAGGUUGGAUUUAACAAAAGCAUAUGAAUGUCUAGAUCACAUCAAUACUGAUAGAGAACAAGAACAAUUGGCAGCUAUUUACAAGCUGGAAGAAACUCUUGAUUCUCUGAUUGUACUAUAUGACCAUGAAACAACACCUGAUAAUGAAAUCAAGUUGAUGCAAAUUAUUGUUGAAGCAGAAAUGUUUGUUGAAUUGGGAGACUUGGUAGAUUCUGCUAAAAAUCUCAUUCAAAAGAAGAGAAUGGAAGCAAAGAGAAAGGAAAGAAAAAUUCUCUCAAUCAAAUAUAGACUUGCUCAAGGUAUUAAGGAAAGAGAUAUAGAUGAUCUUGAGACUGUUCUUGAAGAAGGACCAUUUUAUCCUGAAUUGGCAACAGAGGUUCAAAUUGCUAAAGAAAUGUUAAGUGAAUUAUAUCUUCAUACACACGUUAAGGAAAAUAUCGUGGUGGUACCAGCUUUAACAGAAAAGGUUGAAAAGAAGGAAAAUACCUCAACUGGAAAAUUCGAAGCCUUCCUAAAGAGUGCUCAUAUGUCCUUAGGAAGUGUUGAAAAGAGUGUUGAAGUCAAAUUAGAUUUUGAAGAAUUGUUAGAAAAGAAGGAUAUUGUUGCUCUGGCUAAAUUUAUCAAUAAGAAUAAGCAGUUACUUACAAAAGAAGAAGCACAAAGAGCAACAGAAGUUAUGGAAGAGUUAUCAUUGCCAAGUGCAACACCUGCAACUGCCACUGAAUCAUCAAAAGAGGAACUUCAAAAGAAGACAAAACCAUUUUCAUUCAACACAAUGGUUUCAUCUCUCCAUAGUAAUAUUAUGAACUUGCUUAGUACUUGUGAUGCAGACUCUAUUGAUCCAACAUCAGGAAGAUAUGUUGUUCACUUAUUCCCUCUUGGUGAUAUCAUUGUUAAGAAUAUUACAUCAAUUUUAUAUAAUGGAACAAGAAAAAUUUAUUGGAUUAAAGAAAGAACACCAUAUGACAUUUUUAAAAAUCUUCAGGUUAGUGCUGUACAAGAUGUAAUUAGAGAAUUUGAAGCCUUGGAUCAAGUUCAACAUUUACCAAGUGAUAACUUUGGAAAGACUGCUUCUCUUCUUCUGGUUCAAUAUUUACUUGAUUGUGACUUCUUUGUUUAUGCAAUCAAUCAAUUGGCAAUUGAUGAAAUGUACUUGCAAGAAUGUUACGAUAAGACUGCUAUUUUAUUUAACAAACAACUCAAAGAUGAAAUUUUGGGUGUAUUCUCAUUGCUCAAUCAAUUUGAUUUCCGUUUUGGAUUUACCAAGGAAGUUGACGCAAAGGAUGUUGCUUCUGCUAAUAUAGAUCCACUUGCAUCAACACAAUCUGGCGUAUCAAUCACGCAAACAGCUCAACCAAGUUUAAGUUUACAAUUAACUUCAAGUACUUUGGACAUGAUUUCACUUUCACCUUUACUUCAAUUGAAACAGUCAAUCAAAUCAAUUGUUCAGUUCUUCUAUAUGAAGAAGAAUGAUGAAAAGAUGGAUUUAUAUGAUAUUGGUGAUGAUUCAAAGAGUAGAGAAAUUGAUGUUCUUAUAAGAAAGAAGCUUUGUUAUUCAUUGAUGGAUAUUUUCUUGAAAGGAUUUAAGAGUUUCUCAAUAUUCAAGACCUACCAUGUUUGGAAUGUGAUUGAAGAAGCUGCAAGACUGAAAAAGUCAUCUGCUGUUGAUAUUGGUGGUAUUGGUAUUCCAUCGGCUGUUGAAACUGUUAACAAGAUUGUUGAAGAGAGAUUAUCUUUAAACACCAAACAAUUAUCAAACAUUGAAGAUCUCAAGUUUAGAAUCUUUGUUUGUUACUCAUUGAAUGAUAAUCAAUUAUCAUACUUUAUUCAAUCUAUUUUGAGAGAAAGUGAUUUAAUUAAUAAUUAUUAUGAAGCUGAUUCAUUGAUAAGAAAUUCCAACAUUAGAGAAAAGGUGAUUGGUUUCUUAUCCAAGUUGGACAGACUUCCAUUUAACCUUUCUUUAACAUCUGAAUUGUUGUAA